ACGCAACUGAACGGUUACGAGCGCUAACAGGUAAGCUUGAGGAAAGUCCGCGUUCCGUGUGGUCGAGAAAAAAGCGAGAAAAUACCUCGUGGCAGCAAACACCCACCCGGGGACUCUUACUGCGUCCAGGCUUGUUGUUGCUUGCAAGUCGCGGGACAGGGGUGACACACAAAGACAUGUGUCUGCUCUGUUUUCGCUUCGUCGCCUCAGGCAUCCGUGUCAUUUUCCUCUUUCUUCAUGCUCUCGAGUUUCCUGUUUUCCUCUGUUUCUGUCUGACCGCAGCUGUUCUUGACUCUUGCCACUCGCCUUCUCUAGGGGUUUGUGCCUCGCGAGUUUUUCUCCUAAGUCGCGCGCCUGUGUGUGUCCGUUUCCUUCACUUCGGGUGGCUCGACGCCAUCGGUCCCUUUUCUCUCCGUAUUUCUCGGUCCCGUUUGCGGCGCUUCCCGCUGGUGUCCCUCUCCAGCCUUGUCCGUCUUCCGCUUCCAAACUUAUAGAGAACUCCUACGGGCUUCUCUAUCAGAUCGUUGUUUCUCAAAAUCGAGCGCCCUCUUCCUGCUUCUCAGGCAUGUCUUGCUCUCUCGCCGUCCAACUGGUUUUCUUCGGCUUUUCUCGUCGUAGUUCUGUCCCAGGUCUGUCUCCUCUCAGGUGUCUCCGCAACAGCAUGCACUGCUUUCCCUCGCGUUUUCUGCGUUUCAACAGCUCCUGUGUUUCCUGCCGCUCUCGGUCCCUUGCUCUGCCUCUCUGAGCGCCAACUUUCUCUCUUUUUUCGGAAAGCGUCUCGCUUCUUGCUGCCUUCACGCCGUCUUCCUCUCGCCGUCUCGACCUCUCGACCCUCUUUCUCUCCUCUUUUCAACCCACGGUUGAGAAAACGCAGAGCAGACACCAUGGCGGCUCCAGCGACGCUCUCCACCUUUGAGACCUCUCAUGCCGGGUGUCUGCACAGCGUGGAGUUUGACUUCUUUGCCACUCGACUGGCGACGGCGUCUUCAGACCGCACCAUACGCCUCUGGAGUCUAUCGACCCCUGAGGCCUCAACGCAUGCCGGAGAAGUCGCUCCCAAGACCGCCACUUUCCUCCAGGAGCUCCGCGGCCACGAAGGGCCCGUCUGGCAGGUUCGCUGGGCGCACCCGUCGUUCGGGAACUUGCUCGCGUCUUGCGGCUACGAUCGCCGAAUCAUCGUCUGGCGACAGAGCGCCGCCGCGGUCCCUCAAGGCCCCCAGACCCGCUUUGCCCCCACUCAGAGUCUGUUCACCCCUGUGUACACGAACGAAGACCACACGGCGUCGGUAAACUCCAUCGCGUUCUGUCCCCACGAGUUCGGGCUCCAUCUGGCCGCCGGGAGCAGCGACGGCUCUGUUUCGGUCCUCUCGCUCUCUGGGGACCCUGGAGCCCCGGGGGCGCAGGCCCAGCUCUUCUGGAGUCGAAAGGCCUUCGCCGCCCACUUCAACGGAGUCAACAGCGUCGCUUGGGCUCCGUUCAUGCCUGCGGCCUCUCAGGCUGGCGCUCCCGCCCUCAUGCUCGCCACGGGUGGAUGCGACAGCCAGGUCCGCAUCUGGGGCCUGGACCCAAACUCUCAGGAGUGGCAGCAGCUGCACCAGUUGACGGACGCGGAUCCCCACACGGACUGGGUGAGAGACGUUGCUUUCCAGCCUGCCUCCGCCUCCUCGCUGCUUCUCUCUUCCUCCCGUUUGCUUGCCUCCUGCAGCGAAGACGGAACUGUGAAACUCUGGGUGGGAGAGGCCUCGACGCCCUCAGCAAACCCCUCAGCGACUUCAUACACCUGGUCCCUGCUUCAGACUCUCCGACUGCAUGCACCCGUUUGGCGCGUCUCUUGGAGUGUCUCUGGAACGAUUCUCUCAGUGGCUUGCGGCGAGAAGGACGUUUGCCUCUUCAGAGAGACAGUUGCAGGUCACUGGGAGAAAGUCUCGAGGCUCCUCGGGCCGGACAGUCUCCCCCAGGUCGCCCCUAGACCCCUGCCGCCCGCGGCCGCCCCCGGGGUUCCACCAACCCAGCCAGGUCAACAAACGCCUCAAGGCCCUCAGCUCCAGACGCAGGCCCCUCAGCUCCAGACGCAGGCCCCUCAGCUCCAGCCCCAGGCCCCUCAGCUCCAGCCCCAGGCCCCUCAGCUCCAGCCCCAUGGCUCGGCUGCGCCCCUGGGUGCCUAUCCGCCUUCUCACCCGCCGUCUCUUUCUUCGUCACCACCCACUCACCCUGCACAUGGAGCUUCUCAUCCGCCUCUGUCGUCUUUCCCUUCCUCGCAUCCGUCGCUGCCGCAGAAUCCUGCGCCUGGACCUCUUUCUGCGACACCGCCCUCGACUGCUGCGACCCCGAGGCCUCUGGGGCCCGCCGCGGGUCAGCCACCCCAAGGGUCUCCAACCCCAGGCGUCGCCUUCCCGGCUCCAGGGGCUCCGGCGUACCCUGGAACCCCCGCGUCGGCGGGCCUCUACGGGCCUCCGACCCCCGGGGUCCCGGGCGGCGCCCAGAGCUACCCUCAGCCCUCGUUUGCCGCGCCAUACCCCCAGGGUUCUGCGUUUCCUCCGGCGGUGCAGCCCGCUCAGACAAGUCUGGGGGGCCAACAGGCCCCGAGCCCCGCGUCCUUCUUCCCCGCGGGGACCGCUGGAUCUGCGAGACCGAAGCCGCCCGCCUUCUACAACAUUGGAGCGCCAGAGGCAGGCCCGACAGGUGCGGCGCCUCCGGCGGCCCAGCCUUUCUUCUCAGGUGGACAGACACCCGGCGCAGCACCAGGGCUGCAGCCCCCCACCGGGUUUCCGAGGCUCCCGAUGGCCGCCCCAGGCGCCCAGGCGUACGCGCCUCGGGCGCCGAUGUAUGCGCCUUACAAAGGAAACUAAAACCUUUUCAGCGAAAAGGAGGAAGGCGAAGAAAUCUCUGGAAGAGCAGAACGGGGGUGAGAAAAGAGAGAAGGAAGCAAAGAGGGAGGGGUUGCGGGUGUAUCACUUGACGUUUUCCAUCUUCAAAUAAGUCUGGACGCUUGAGAAGAAGAGAAUACGUGCAGUGAAGAGAGACAAAGAAGAUUUCUCUGUAGUCUUCUUUUCCGCGGUGCCAGCGCGCGUGCUCGACGUCCGGCGGAUCUCCCCGGGGCCGCUGUGGAAGAGAACGCAUGCACUGUGGGGAGAAAUGCGAAAAUGAAGUGGAAGGAAAACGAGAAGUGGAGGUGAAAGAAGAAACAGAAAGAAGAAGCCGAUACGAGGGGACUGAGGAGAGCAGCACGACAGGGGACGAGGCGCUCAACAAAGGUCGGAAAGGAAAGUGGAAACCAAGACGAAAGUGAAAACGGUGUGCAUUUCAGUAUUGCGAGAAGCACGCUUUUCUCUCAAAGAAAUCCAAGAAGGCUCUGUGCAAGUUCAGAACGCAAGUUGCAUCUUGCAAAGAGACGAGUAACGGUUUUCGCUGCACAGGAACGCGUAGAAGACAGUUUCAAAAGUCCACCAAGCCGCAACGUUGCAGACAAGGCCGCCAGGCCUCUCUAAGAAAGUCUUCGCUCUUCUCGCACCUCCCCACACAACACCCCUCACGUUCUCUCAAAAUUAUAGAUCUGGAAAAAAAGACAUGCGAACGCUCAUGUACGUAUACACAUGUAUACAUGAAUGCAUUUCGGAUAGCAGCAUGUUAUCUUUGGAUCUAGACACGCG